AUGUUGCUUUCGUUAAUAUUGACCAUACACCUUUGGCAUUUCCAGCUGCUGGAGCCUGAUGCUCCAGAAUCCAGGUCUUCUUCACUCCUCUCUGCGAGCAGCUUGGGCCAACUGGCCGCCUGGUCGUCCACCGGCUUCGGAAUGGGCCUCCUUCCAGACCCAUCGAGGCCAGAUGAUUGUCGCGGCCUUGGACACGCCUGGCCCGGCCAAGGCAACACCAACACCAACCCUAGCAACGCCGGUUCCAUGAAUACACUUCGGCCUAUCCGGUACCGCAACUAUGCCCCGGCAACAAAUGAGUCUGUCGGUCUGGCCUCAUGGCCCUCGAGUCCCGUCGGUUCGCCUGCCCCCCAUACAGCCGUCUCCUGUCUUCUCGCCACCAGCGAGGCCCACUCAGCCGGCCAGACUCGAGACCUAUCAAUGUGCAGUCUGUACCGAGGCGAGCUGUCGAGCUCCCUCCUGGUCGGAAGCUCCGAUCAACCGGUACCUCACGAGGCUGAACUUCUGCCCGUCCCCCCUUUUGGUACUAUGCUCUCUUCCUCCUCCUCUUCCUCUUCAUCGUCGUCGUCGUCUUCAUCUUCUUCUUCGUCGUCGUCGUCGUCGUCGUUGUCGUCCUCCUCUUCCUCCUCCAUCUCGGCCUCCUCCCUGGCCGGACUGCCUAGCUACGAAGAGACGCGUCCGCUCCCCCUGCCUCCAUCAGGCCACAGCCUGCGCUCCAUCGUGGAGCUGGCCGAAGACGUUCCGGCAAGUCUCUGCUCGAUGCCUGGAUCCUCUUCCGCCUCAGCCUCGAAGGCGGCUUGUUGCGGGUUCACCUUCGCCCCACAGACACUGCCCUGCCGACCACCACCUUCGCCGAUCGCCAUGCCCUGCCCGCCCGCCCCGGACGUCACGGCCCGGUCGGAGGAGAUGAUGUCUCGUCUGCCCAUCGUCGGGCCUCCGUCGUCCGCGAGCUACCAUUUUGCAGGACACUCCUUCGCAUCGGAGCCGCCUCUACCGCCGCUUUCGGGGGGGCAGCUGACUUCUGACCAACUGCCCGCGCCCAACUUCCCGCCACCCUGCAGCCUGGCCCGGGGCUUCGUCUGCCCGGCCGACUCCGGCUCGUCCAGCCAUCCACACGUCGUGGCUCAACCACAUUACGCCCCACCGCUGCACCACUCCGGCCCACCCGAACAGCCCCCUCCACGAGCCCAAGCACCGCUUCUGCACCAGCAUCACUUGCCGCCUCAGCCUCAGCCUCAGCCUCAGCCUCAUCACCAGGCCUCAUUCUAUCUUGCCCCGCGGGUCUCGGGUCCGGCGACUCAGGCUCUGGCCGGCUCGGGCCACCCUGGAGCCCCCGACAGCUCUGGGGGCCCUCUCUUCCCGCAACACUCUGCUUCAUUAGCCCAGCUCGGUCUGCAGGCCCACAUGCUGGCGUCACAUUCGCAUGGACAUAUGCACGCUCAUCCGCAUGUCCACACACUUGGCACACCGUGUCACGUUGCGGGGACGCACUCGGGUCAUCCGCUCCACCGAGGACCUCCCUAUUUGGGACAUCUCACCGGCCAUCCAUAUCCGGGAUCCGGGUUAGUACAUUCUCAGACAUGGCAUUGA